UGGCCAAUGAGGAAGCCGUGUCUUAGCAACCGAGACAAUGAAAACAAUGGCGACACGGGACACCAAAUAUUGUUCACGUCAGUAAGAACCGAGAACAAGUACCAAUAAGUUAGAACCAGAGAGAAGGUUGCCAUCGUCGCCCGGGAACAUCGGCUGAAGAGUUAGUAGGGAUAAAGAUAAAAACACCACCCCAAGAAAGCGGUCUCGACUCAAACAUCAGAGCAAAAUGACGGACGCUCUAGUUGAGACGCGUAGGGUUCAGUAUUACGGGACGAACCGAAACAUAGAUCAAGAGGCAAAACAACUUGUGAAGAUUCUAAAAAAGGACCACGUUCUUCAGAAAGGGGAAUAUAACCUUGAGGAGGCAAAUGUGGACAAAGGCAAUUUGUGGAAAAGUACGACUUUGCGGGAUUAUUCGGGCCAGAGACCAGCAAAAGUAGGAAAGCAGUAUGAAGGAACAAAUCUUCAGAACUUGACCCACUUUAAACUCGGGAAUGAGAGCGGGACCACUCUGCCCAGUUAUACUUACCGUGAGUCGACUGUCCGAGAGGAUUACUCCGAGAAGCCCGUGGAAAAGCCGCACGUCCACGUGGAAGACAGAACAGUGAACUGGCCGGACAUGGCUCCCCAGUUUAUGACGGACAGAUCUGUAGGCAACUCGGAAUACACCAAUAUGUACAAAAACGACCAGUUUGUUACUCCUCGAGCCCCAACAUUUCCUCGACUUGAUACUUCCAAGAUGCAGCUUCCGAUCAACAUGGAGAAAACCAAACCUCUGAGAGGUGUGCACGUGGACUUGGGGUGCGAUCAGCCAAACCUUGAAUCAGAGACUGAGUAUGCCUACGGCAUAUCCCAAGGAAAGAAAAGACCAGGGUCCAGUGGGGGACUGACCGCUAAGCUGGAGGAGGCCAAACAAGUGACCAAGAUGAUGAAGGACAUGGAGAGGUCAUCGCAUGUCUUUAGAGGAGGGGACUAUAACGGGAUACAACAAAGUAUGGCCAGUACGUUUAGUGUUGAUUACGACAAGACGGACAAGAUUCCCAUCACAGUGCGAUUCCCUAUGGCGGCAAUUAUGAGAUCCAGCCGCGAAGAACAGGACAAGGCCCUUAAGGAUAGUAAUGAAGAGGAAGAAGACGAGGAGAAGAAGAAAUUACCCAAAAUCAUUAAGGAAGCUAUGGAGAGCCACAACGGCACGGGAGAUGCAGCCGAAGGCACAAGGUACCACACCAAGGCUCACUUCAAGUUUGGGACAGACGACGGCAAGUUUGACUCCGUGUACACCAAAGACUUCAUGCCCGGUACAAAGAAUAAACUCAACAAGCCCGCUCACAUUGGUGCUCCGGCCGAUUCAGACGUUUACCACAGAGACCCAUCUGAUUGGUUCCGGACAACAAACAAAGACGACUUCUCUGGCAGUGUUCCGUUCUUGGCAACUAAAUCUAUGGAAGAGAGAAGUAGACAGAUCCGCCUUAACAAGAGCAAGCGGCAUGGUCACAAUCUCAGUUUCUCUUACGAUCCUAGCUGGUCUACAGCGCACAGGCAGCAGUCACUGUUCAGUGAUGACUAUCGCGGCCCACCCUCCUUCUUCCAAGCCCUGGAGCCUAGGAAAGGGUAUGUGAACCCCUGGAACCACUUGAUAACAGACGCUGCACUGCCCUACCAGCCAGAUCAAAAUAAGAAAACAGAAAAACAGGACAAUUUCAAGACGCUGUUCAUGGGACCAGAGGAAUCCGUAGAAAGGCGCAGGUGGAAAGAUGACCAGUGUAAGAAACGCGUAGAGGAUGGACACAUCGCUCACUUUACUCUAGGAUCUGAAUUCCAAAAACCGAAGACUGUCACAGAAAUCGAAUACUCCGGGAGACCCAAGUUAGAUUUCGGUGUUGCCCCCGCUGGAAAAGCGGAGAAAAUAGCUCCAUUCAGAUUUGAACACGUUAAAAUUAGCGCCAACCAAGAAGACUUUUUACCCGAUCCCUUCAGAACCAGCAAGUUUGAAGGUGUCGUAGCCAAACAGAAUUACGUCACAAGAUCUCUUCCAGCCUUGCCAGUUCACCAUGCUUCCAUUAUGAAGAAUGACUACGUCCCUCUGCGAUUCAGAGAAUUUACAGAUCCCCAGAAAGUGAUGUUAAAACAAGAUGAAAAGCUCAGCCAAAAGCCGAUUGAAAAAACACACUUCUUCCACUUGGAUAACACCAAACGCACAAAUUUUGAAACGACAGCGUCUGCCGAUUACAUAAAACCAGAGUUACAAUCCGGUAAAGUGUACCUAUCAGCCAGAUGAUGAUAACAGAGAAACAGAUACAGCAACAACACCGCCAAUGCUAGCCUGGUUACCGCAGGGACCACUAUAGAAGCGUAAUACUGACUGGCUGUUUUGUAAUCUCUGUGGAACCCACAGAUGGACCUCAUGCCUGUGACAUAUUACUUUUAGACGACGCAAAAACCAUUGUAGAGCAAAAUAUUGAAGCUAUGCCAGCCGCAGGAAUUAAUGUAAAAAUAGCAAAUAGUUUCACAAAGCAAAAAAAGAUCCAUUAGUUUCAUAACGAUUGCGCAGAGAUGGUAAAACUUGAAAAUUGUAAUAACAACAUUUCUACGUAGUGUUUAUAAACGUACCAGAUAUACUGAUAUAACAUCGUUUGCUAAACAUAAAGAGUUAAUUAUUUAAUAUAAAGUAUCAUCCCCAGACACUGGACAAAGCCCACCACUUUGGAGUUGAGAUUAUUUGUUCUCAAACCUUAGAAAAAACACUCUUUGUAACCAAGUAAUUUUGUGGUAAGCUUACAAGUUAAAAGAGGCAUUACGCCAGAACGCUGCGUCUGGUUUCCCAGUGUCCUGUCACUGAAGCCCAAGGAAAUUGAUUAGUUCCCAGUGCUUUCACUAGGUUUCUUUCCCUGGCAGAUUACGAAGUUAUGACUCUAAAGCUUUAAUGGCACAGGCACUCAGAUGCCACAAAAAAGACAACUGGUAAUUGCUGAAGUUUAAACAAUUAUAUUUGGAGGCGCAGAAGAUUUUUUUACACGCCAUCUUGCCAUUAUUCUUAGCAUUUAGAACUUCAUUAUUACUUUGAUGAAUAAAGAUGUAGUGGCUAUUAUACUUCUUCAUCUCGAGUGAUGAAUAUGUUGGCUAAAAAAAUUCCCCUGGUUAAAUUGGUUUUUAGAUCAAGGCGGGGAUUUCAAUCUUAAAAGAGUUCAAUCAGAGUACCAUUAUAGGUAAUCAUUAUCAGACUUAUCAUAUUAAUCUAUCAGUAUAUUUUUAUGGUCAAACUUCCUGUGAUAGCAGCUGUACACAUACGUAAUCAACAUGAAAGCCUCACCCUAUCUGCAUGAACCACAGCGCUGAAUGUGAUAUAUUCUAUUGCAGAUGUUGCACAGUUUAUAUAGCCUUAUGUCAAAUAAAAGAAUGAAUCAUAAUAAACGGAUGUCCUCAUGGUUUUUUCUUUUUUUUUGUGUGUGUAACAAAACUGACCGCAAAGAGUUGAGUAAAAUGGGUUUUCGUUUCAGUGUGCCAAUUAUGCAGUUUUCUUCUUAGAUAAUUGGUCAAUGAACAAAAUAUUACCAACACCACCAGUCUAUUUAGUUUUUGGCGUAUGGAGACAAACUGAAAUCCAUAACAUGCCAAUUUU